UCGUCAGGGGGUCCGUCAACCCAACUCAUCCAAGAAAAAGGAAUACUUUUUACCCUAUCUUGCCUUUGGGGACAGGGGAGACCAGAGGGAAACUAUGGCUCGCGGGCCAUUUCUUUGGGUGCUUUUGCUACAGCUUGUCCUCAUUUGCUCCGCACAAAGGAGCCUUGGACCCACUGGCCCUCCAGGACCUGCCGGUGUCCCGGGAAUUGAUGGCGUGGCUGGUGAAAGAGGAGACGACGGAGAGGAUGGCCCUGCUGGUCCGGACGGAGACGCUGGUAAACCAGGAUCGUCUGGGUUGCCAGGUCUGCCUGGGGCUGAUGGGUUGACAGGCCCGGCUGGAGACGAAGGUCCUGACGGUCCCAUUGGACAGAAAGGUGAACCUGGGAAACCUGGACCUCGUGGAUUAGCCGGUGUUGGAGAAGAUGGACCCCCUGGACCCCCUGGGCCAGGAGGACUUCCCGGUGAAUUGGGCGAAGUUGGACCGGCUGGCUCCAUAGGAGUGAGAGGACCGACUGGACCUCGUGGCCCUGUAGGGCCCAGAGGUGCAGCAGGAAUGCAGGAUCUGAGUGCAGAGUUGUGCUCUAAUUCCUGCCCACCUGGGACACCUGGUCAUCCUGGCCUCCCCGGCAUGAAAGGUCACAAAGGUGUCAAAGGGGAAUCGGGAGAGCCAGGGAAACAAGGCCACAAGGGUGAGGAGGGUGAUCAGGGGCCGACAGGAGACCGUGGUUCCCAGGGCCCGACGGGUCCUCAGGGAAUCAGAGGGUCCACUGGGAUGAUGGGGCCCAAAGGUGAACUGGGACCACGAGGACACGAUGGAGAUCCAGGUUCCCAGGGAGCUGCGGGGGCCACUGGUGACCAAGGCCAGAGAGGCAUAAUGGGUGAACAAGGUCCGAAGGGUGAUGAGGGACCUCAAGGUGGAAGAGGAAUCACAGGUCUACCUGGGCCUAAGGGAGAGGGCGGUUUGCCAGGUGUGGAUGGUCGCGAGGGUAUUCCUGGAAUGCCGGGAGCCAAGGGUGCCAUUGGCAAGGCUGGGUCUGCGGGAGAGGUGGGGCUUCAGGGGCUUCCUGGAUUACCUGGUUCACCUGGGCCAAAAGGAACUGGUGGUGAGAAGGGUAGCUCUGGAGAUCCAGGUCUUAUUGGAACAAUGGGAUCUGCUGGUAAAACAGGAGAGAGAGGAGAGGCAGGGGAACUCGGGCCCACUGGACCCAUUGGUGGACCAGGAGACAGUGGAGAAGCUGGACCAGUGGGUCCCCCUGGCAAACCAGGACCCAGGGGAUCUAAAGGGGAUCUUGGUCUUCCUGGUCUUCCUGGACCCCCAGGUCUCCCAGGAGUAAAGGGAGAGAGGGGAGAAGCUGGCGACAUAGGACCUAAGGGAGAUCAGGGAGAACAAGGUUCUGAGGGAAACUCUGGAGACAAGGGAGACGUUGGUGAUCCUGGAGAAGCUGGACCCAAAGGAGCAACUGGAAACCCGGGAGAGCUUGGAAACAGAGGACCGGAGGGCAGCAGGGGACAGCCUGGCAUCGAAGGUCCGGCUGGCUCCCCCGGACCGCGGGGCAUGCAAGGAAACAGGGGUGCAACCGGGAUUAGGGGUUCCCAGGGGCCAGCGGGUAAAGAACCAAGCGAUCAACACAUCCGACAAGUCUGCAUGCGAGUUAUGCAAGAGCAGCUGGCCCAGUUGGCCGCCAGUUUAAGGAGGCCAGAGUCCGGAGCCGCGGGACUUCCUGGCAAGCCUGGUCGUCCCGGUCCACCUGGCCCUCCAGGGGACAGUGGCUUCCCUGGGCAGGCCGGAGCAAGGGGACUUCCUGGCCUCAAAGGACCUCCUGGGCUACUGGGACUCAAAGGACCCAAAGGUGAAAUGGGCGAUAGAGGAGACAGAGGUCCCACAGUGCGUGGGCCUAAGGGUCAGCCGGGACCACCUGGUCUGCCAGGGGAGCCAGGGAAGCCUGGUUAUGGCCAGGAGGGGCGUGACGGGGAGAGGGGACCUCCAGGCGUUCCUGGCCAGCCUGGGGUACCUGGGCCUCCUGGCAAUGCGGGCCCGAAUGGCUACUGUGACCCCUCAUCCUGCAACCUGAGACCGGGGGCCGUGGACACCAGCAUCAAGGGCCCAGAGGGAACAAGAAACUAGAACCACCAGUGGAGGCUGGCAACGCUUCAAACCCCAGGACGAGAUGUACUGGCAGGAAUGGAAUGAACGGGACACCAUCAAACAGCUUUGAUUCUGUUUCGUUCAUCUCAUUACAGCCACUGCUGUGAGCCGUCCUCCCUUUCGCCAGCCUCCAACUCCACACCGUCCAGGGAGGGGUAGGGACAGACACUAAGAUGGACAGCCCUCACCGAUCCAGGGGGCACACAACAUUCUCACCGCCUGUUCUAUCUGCUGAAGGUUGUCUCUGUGAGGCCUCGGACCACACCGUGUGAUCCAAUCUGCAGCCGGUGAGAAUGUUCUGUGCUGGUAGCCACAUCUCUUUUCGGGAACACGAAGGAGACUUCCACCUCGAGGAAUGCAGAACAAAAGUAUUUUGUUGGUUUCAUUUUUUACCUGACAGCUUUUUUAGCUGUGUGUUCAGAAAUGGGUGCUCUGUUUUCGAAGAUUGGAUUGUUUUGAAAGACCCGACGUUUCUUGUUUGUAUUUCCGCUGUCCAUGUGAAUGUGGGACCGCAAAGGAACCCCCAGACAAACCACACGUCCUUAUGAACCAUAUGGCUAUCUCUCUUUCCUUUCAUUGAGGCACCUGUGUAACCUACCAUGCUGACCUCUUCAAUAGCCGCCCCAUCCACUUCCCCAUCAAAUAGUGUGAACCCCCCUCAAAUUCAAAGCAUAAAACAACGCCAGGAUUUCCUUAAGCUUCAAGGUGCCUUUUUUAAAUGUCAAACAUACUACAUUGUGUACUAUGUUGGUCUAUUGUAUGCCGAAGAUAAACCUGCUGAAAAACCUU